CUCCUUCCCAUGGCUACUAAUAAUGAUAGUAGUAUUAUAAGACGACUACGACUACGACGACGACCUUUACUAGGAUGGGUAUUGAGGUGUAUUCCACUAUUUAUGGUACCACUCAUUAGUAUAUUACUACACUGGCCACUAUCCACUACUUUAUUAUCAUUUCUUAUAAGCUUAAUAGUAGUAUUCCUAUAUCUACAAGAAGGAUUAAUAGUAAGCAGCAGCAGCAGUAGCAGCAGCCUUAUUAGAGUACCAUGGACUUGGCGUAUACUACUAGUAUGGAUGCUUCAAUUAGUGAUAGUAAAGGGUAUUGAACUAUUACUUUAUGAAGAUAAUCAUGUGGUGUCUAUGAACAGCAUAACAAACUUAUGGGAUAGUAAUAACUUAUCAAUCGAUGUAAAGAAAAGAGAAGGCUCCUUUAAAAAGGAUGUUAAUUUACCUAAGCAGCAGCAGCAGAACAGGGAGGAUGAUGAUGCUUUUCUACCUCUACCACCUGUUGUGACUAAGCACGAUGCCUCAUCAUACAGUAUUCAACCGUACCUAUCGUACAGUAUUGUAUUACCUUGUGCUAAUGAAGGAGAGUUUAUGGUCAAGACUGCUAGGUCUGUAUAUGAAUCGACACCGAAUCUUCAUGAGAUAAUAGUAGUAGAUGAUGGUAGUUCCCCACCGUUGAGGACAUUAGUUACUGAUGAGGAAGUAGAGUUAUGGAAACUGAAGUUUAUCAGGCAUGAACAUUUUACUGGUCUGAUAAAUGCUAAGAAUGUUGGUGGAUGGAAAGCUACAGGUGAUAUUAUAGCAUUCCUUGAUUGUCACGUUAAACCCGAUAUUUAUUGGACCAAACCAAUAAGUAAAUAUAUAUCUGAAAACUCCAAGACUGUAGUAGUACCAACAGUAACUAGUCUUGAUCCUAAUACAUGGAUAGAAACAAGAACUCCUCCUGGUAGUAGUAAUAUUUACUGUUCUUGUACUACCAGAUGUUGUAAAUUAACUUGGAAUGUUGAUUUCCCUUGGUAUAAUGCAGAUGAUACUAGAGUACCUGUAAUGAUAGGAGGAUUACUUGCUAUGCAUAGGAAUAUGUGGGAGUAUACAGGAGGAUAUGAUACUGGUAUGGUUGGUUGGGGUGGUGAGAAUAUUGAUCAAAGUCUACGUAUACAUCUAUGUGGUGGAGAAAUCAUGAAUGCCCUCGAUAGCUAUGUUGCUCAUAUGUGGCGAUUACAAGGUGAUGAGAAGACUAAAGCUAAAUAUACAUUACCAAGUGGGAGUCUUAUGCGUAAUAGGUAUCGAGCUGCAUUAAGUUGGUUUGAUGAGUUUAUUGCUAAGGCUGAAGAACAAUCAGAGUUUCUAUAUUGGGGUCAUGGAGGAGAUAAGCCUGAUGUAUCCAAUGUUAUGGAAAUCAAACAUAAGAAUCAUUGCAAGCAUUUCUCCUACUUUUUAAAGAAAGCACGAUAUGAUGGUGGUAGUGGCGGUGAUAAUGAAAGAUGUCUCGAAUUGAGAGAUAAACAGAGAUUGGUAAUGAAUAAGUGUAGUAAAGGCAACAGAUUACAACUAUGGCAUGGCUCCAAUUAUGAUCAACCACAUAGCUUUAAAUGUUGUCAAGGGCAACAAACAUUGAGUGUAGUUGAAUGUGAUCCUACUGAUACGAGGCAACAGUGGCAAUGGAUACAUAAAAUACAAAUACGUAAUGUUGCUCUUGGACAAUGUAUUGAUGCUGCUGAUGGUAAUACACCAAUACUCUAUUUAUGUUAUGGUGAAGAAGAAUAUAAUAUAGGGCAACAGUAA